AUGUUGGGAAGUGUUUUGUUAAAGUUAAAAAAGUUACAGUUGCAUGGUUUGAAAUCCAAGGGGAUUAGUUUGAAAUAUUUUUCCUACAAGGUUCCAGACAAGCCAACAUGGACUGCAGUCAACCAAAGCAAACUUCCAGAGCCAGAUAAAGUUGACCAAAAAACACUCCUCCUAUUAGAAAGAUUAUCCUUGGUGGAUUUCAGGACCCAAGAAGCAGUUGAGAGGUUGGCGGAGGCCAUCAAGUUUGCUGAUCAGCUGUUAGAUGUAGACAUCGACGGAAUCGAACCCAUGUACACUGUCCUCGAAAACAUGCCAUGCUAUCUCCGAGAGGACGUCGCGACAGAAAGCAGUUGUAAAGAGGACAUCUUGAGGAAUGCCAAGGAGACAUUUGAGGAUUAUUUCAUAGCCCCACCUGGAAACAUACCAUUGACUGCCAGUUUAAUAGGCGAAAUACAAUUAGAAAAUAAAGAAAAAAAUUUGAAAAAAUCUGAAGUUUUAUAA